AUGGCCCUCGGUCGCGCGUCGGUGUUUUUGGAAGACGUGGAUUUACACGGGCAAAUAGUGUCCUCGAUUCCGUCCGGCCGAAGCGGCGGCGCGGCGAAUUACAGCGGUCACAACAUGCGCGUGAAUAGCUUUUGCACGUUUUUAAAUCGGUGUAAAGAAGAGACAAAGGAGUUGUUUGGAGAAGAGAAGGUGCUGAGAGAUCGAUUGAUGGAGUGUAAGAUUAUGCGAACGAAUAAACGAGGCGAGUACGAAUCGAGUUUGGCGAAGGAUAACGACCGAUGGCAUCCGUCGGAGGAGCAGUCGGCGAUAUUGGCCGUCUGCUCGAGUUCGGAUAAAAAGGAAGUGAGAGAUGCGCUGAUACACGAGGCAAUGCACGGGGUAUUUUACGUCUCGAGAGCGUUUCAGAAGUUUUGUUACUGGUUUUGGGAAGAAUCGAUGACGGAGGAGGAGAGGAAGACGUGGGUGAAUUUUUUAAUCGGGUUGAGAUACAACGCGAGUACAGAUACAGAAUUAGCGGUGAAUGAGUUGCAAGCGUACAUGGCGACGGAAAGGAAGCUGUUUGAGGCUUCCGAAGCCGCCGAAUUGAAGCAGCUGCAACUGAAAUUCUCUCGCGCGAUGACCGAAAAAACUUCGCGCGUAAACGACAACGGAGGACUUGAAGCCUCGCUCACGCCGUCCAUCGGAUCGAGCACGAAACUCGUUUGGUUAUAA